AUGGAUCUCGGUCCUGUCGACUCUGCGCCAAGCGGAGAUACGCAGUACGAUGAGGACCCGACGCGCCAACCCUCACCCGAACCCGAGCAACUACGCGGCCGCAGGAGAACCCACUUGGGGAGUGGCGACCACAGCAGUCUAAACAACACCGACCACACCUCCACAGACGGAGCGCGGGACCGCCGAGCUGGCCGCGCAAAGCAAGCAAGUAGGGAUUCCACCGCGGCACCCUCCGUAGACGCCCCAGCUUUCUUCCCUGUAGGCGCCACCGCCGCCGAAGUCUACGAGAACGAUGGCGAAUCUGCGGAGAUCCGGUCCAAGCACACCGAGCCCGACGAGGUCGAGAACAAUGCCUGCCGCCUGUACAAAUUCACACUCUACGAGACGAAUGCGCGGUACUGGAUCACCGGCUCCGACCUUGCGGAAAGGAACUUUCGCAUGUUGAGGAUCGACCGCACUUCGCCGCCGGGCCAGAUUGCUUUGUUCGAAGACGAGACGACAUAUGAUCGGGCACAGCUCAAGGACGUCCUCGCCAGUAUUGACGAGGGGAAUCAGUCGACUGGCGGCCUGCGAAUGAAAUGCCAUUUCUGGGGCUUGCUUGGAUUCGUGCGCUUCACGGAGUCCUACUACAUGCUGCUGAUCACCAAGAGGCAACAAGUGGCCAUGAUCGGCGGGCACUAUGUCUACCAAAUCGACGGUACAGAGCUGGUGCCGUUGACCACCGGUUCGAGCAAUCGCUUCGUGCAGAAUCGCAAUCCCGAGGAGUCGCGAUUCUUGAGCAUACUCGGCAACCUCGAUCUAACAAAGUCCUUCUACUUCAGCUACUCCUACGACAUUACGAAUUCUCUGCAGACGAACUUCAUCCGUCAGCGAACCGCGGUGAAUCAAGGCCAAUUUCACGCCGAUCACGACUGCAACAGCAUGUUUGUAUGGAACAGCCACCUUUUGCAACCCGCUCUUGCCGCCCUAAAGCGGCCUCUUAGCUGGUGUCUGCCUAUCAUUCACGGCUUCAUCCAUCAAGCUGCACUAGACAUCUUCGGUAGAGCCGUGUACAUCGCCAUCAUCGGCCGACGCUCCCGCUUCUUCGCCGGAGCUCGCUUCUUGAAGCGCGGCGUCAACGAUCAAGGCUACGUGGCCAACGAUGUCGAGACGGAACAAAUCGUGUCGGAGAAACUCACGACUUCUUUCCAUGCUCCUGGCUCCCGGCUCUACGCGAGCCCUAUGUACACCUCUUUCGUGCACCACCGUGGAAGCAUACCUCUCUACUGGACGCAGGACAACAGCGGCGUCACUCCGAAGCCUGCCAUCGACCUUCAUCUGCAGGACCCCUUCUACCAACCUGCAGCACUGCACUUUGACAACAUGUUUGAGCGCUAUGGUUGCCCGGUGUAUGUGCUGAAUCUCAUCAAAGCUCGCGAGCGCAUUCCGCGAGAGUCGAAGCUGCUCGUGGAGUUUCAGAAAUGCAUCGAGUACCUCAAUCAAUCCCUACCAGAGGAUAAGAAAAUUCUCUACAAGGCUUUCGACAUGAGCCGAGAAUCGAAGACUCGAGGGGGGGAUGUCAUAGGAAGUCUGGAGGUCAUGGCUCGGGAUAUCGUGGAAAAGACCGGCUUCUUCAGAAACGGAGAUGAUUUGACCGAGCCCAUGGUUCAGAACGGCAUCUGCAGAACGAAUUGCAUCGACUGCUUGGACCGAACCAAUGCCGCGCAAUUCGUAAUUGGGAAGCGUGCUUUCGCGCUGCAGUUGCAAGCCCUUGGAGUCAUCGACCGCGACGAAGUCGAUUUCGACACAGACGCCAUGAACACCUUUACACACAUGUUUCACGACCACGGAGACACGAUCGCCUGGCAAUACGGAGGCUCGCACCUGGUAAACACGAUGGCGACCUAUCGCAAACUAAACCAUUGGCAAAGCCAGUCCCGCGACAUGGUGGAGAGCUUCAAACGCUACUACCACAACUCCUUCCUCGACAGCCAGCGACAAGACGCCUACAACCUCUUCCUCGGCAACUACGUCUGGGAGCACGACAAGCCCAUGCUCUGGGACCUGACGACAGACUACUACCUCCACCACAGCAACCCGCGCGCCUGGCUGGAAAAGAAGCGCCGCAACUACAACAACUGGUUCACCCCCGCGUUCCUCGAAACGCGCUCUCUACCACCCGAUCCCGUGCCUAGGCUCCUCAAAGCCGCCAUCCCAGGCAGCAUAGCAGACUACGACGACUACUGGGCCGAGUGCUACCGGCCCGCAGCCCUCUCGUCGCUAGGCAAAGUGUACGCCUACCGCAUGACGAGCCUCAGUCGCCACGCUCCCGAGCGCUUCCUGAACCCCCAUAGCAAAUUCGACUUCUCUCCGUUCAAAAUCCGGCAUGAACCGCAGAGGCAGGCGGGCGAUACGCCGGAGAAGAAAACGCCGGAGAUGCGGGUGAAGAUUGUGGAGCCCACGCCUCCGAGAGCGGGUGGUCAUCGCAGAACAGACCACAGCGCAUCGCACACCAACACCGCAACCCGCAUCCCCUCCAACGGGUCAAACCCCACACACCCCCCCGAAGGAGGACAAAUAGGCCCCCAAGCCCCCUCCGACGCCAAAGCCCAAAAACACCUCUGGACGCUCAACAAAUUCCACACGCAAUCCCUCAACCCCACCGUCUCCCCGCAAGAAGCGCACGAGUACACGCGCUACAUCGCGCACCCGCACACGCUGCCUCUCGUCGUCUCGUCGGAGCGCAUCCCGCCCGAGACGGCGAUGGACUACAUUUCGUACAUCCACAAAGCGGGCGGGGCGGAGUUUGACGAUUUCGAUCAGGAGGAGGCGGAUCGGGGGUUUGCUUUCUCUGCUGGGGCGGGGGAGGAGGAGGAGGUGAGGAGGUUUGAGGCUUUUUUGGCGGAGGCGAGGAGGGGGGAUGUGUUGAGUGUGGGGGUGGAGGAUGGGGACAAGAAGCGGUAUAAGGCGUAUCGGCAGUGGGUGCGGGGGAAGAGUUUGUUUAAGCAGAGUAAGGUUGAUCCGGAGUACGCUGUAAAGUAGGGGGGAUGUUUUGAAGGGUAUGGAAUAGCUUGAGGAUUCGUCUAACUUUACAGAUCAUCAUCGAUAUCCACUUCAUCUGCAUUCUUGACCGCCGCUGCAUCCUCCUCUCGCGCAGCCUGUUUAGGCCGGUUCCCGCCCUCUGGUCCACUGCUCGCCGCGACAAAACCCACAGGCGCUCGGGCCUGCCUCUCCAACGCAGCCAUGGCAUCCGCCUUCUCCCCACCCACCCCUUGCUC